GGACAAAAACAGAAAACAUGGCUUAUCGAAGGGUUGGUGCCGUGGGUUUUCUUUGCAGGGAAACUGUGUUACUCAGCAACGGGACACGGCCAAGACUGAGUCUCUUUGCUGGUGCACGGUCACUAUGCACGCAGUCUGAAUCCCAGCGACUGACCGUCAGACAUCAGCAAAAUGGAAUAAGGAAUAUAAUUCUGAACAAUCCCAAGAAGAGGAAUGCUUUGUCAUUGUCCAUGCUGAUGUCACUUCGGACAGACAUUUUGGCUGACAUUGACAGUGAUGACCUGAGGGUCAUCAUUAUAUCAGCGGAGGGUCCGGUGUUUUCGUCAGGUCAUGACCUGAAGGAGCUGACGUCAGCCCAGGGGAGGGAAUACCACAGCAGGGUGUUCGAGGCUUGCUCUGAGGUCAUGACUUUGAUACAAGACAUUCCAGUCCCCGUGAUCGCCAAGAUCAACGGCGUUGCCACGGCAGCGGGGUGCCAGCUCGUCGCCAGCUGCGACAUCGCCGUGGCGACAGAGAAGUCCACCUUCGCCACCCCAGGGGUCAACGUGGGGCUGUUCUGCUCCACCCCCGCCGUGGCCAUCGGUAGAGCCGUCCCGCGGAAGGUUGCCAUGGAGAUGCUUUUCACGGGAGCCCCCAUCUCGGCCCACCAUGCCUUGCUGCAUGGGCUGGUCAGUAAGGUGGUGCCUGAGGAGCGCCUGGAGGAGGAGACGCUGGCCAUCGCCCGGCGGGUGUGUGAGGCGAGCCGCCCGGUGGUGGCCCUGGGAAAGGCCACCUUCUACAAGCAGAUGGCCCAGGGCCGGGAUGCGGCCUACACCACCGCCUCCCAGGUGAUGGUGGACAACCUGGCGCUGCGGGAUGGGCAGGAGGGCAUCAGGGCCUUCCUGGAAAAACGGAAGCCCGUGUGGACAAACAGCGCGGAGAAGGCACACGACUGACUCGCCCUGGAGGCAUUCUAGUGCAUGACGUGGGAGGUCAAGAGUCAGGGCUUGGUGUCUCGGCAUCAUGGGCGGUAACAAGGGCAUGACGGGGUACAAGACCUGAGAUCUGAGAUCAGCUUUUCCACCCCCAAAUCCUAACCCUUUUCAUGUAGUGUAAAAUUUUUAUUCUGAUCCAAGAUCAGCUGCUGAGGGCAGACAGUGUGCGAAGCCCUCCCAGGUUGCUGGUUCAACAAGAGUCACAGAUCCACCCUUGUGCCUUAAUUGACACUGAAAGCAACGAUCAGAUUACUCGUGGGUUUUGGUAAUUAAGGGUUGAGGUUCACAGCAGGACAGACCUGGGCCCUCCUGCAUGGUAACUAGUUAUGUCACGAGACUCGCCAUAUGGAAACUCAGAGCGUGAAAGCACUUCCAAUAAAAGUUAGGCACUGCAUAUGUUAGCCACCACAGGGGAGAGGAAGCUGCUGGUAAUGAGCUCCGGGUGAUGCCAAAUAUGGACUCUGGAUGCAGAAUUAAUUUGCACAGUUCACUUUUUAAUGCAGAAAGGUGUUUGGGUGAAAUGAAGAUGAAUAUAUGAAAAUAAAGACAAGAACA